AUGGCAUCAGCGGGAGGUGCAGGACGAGGAGGAGGGAAAGGAGAUGGAGGGAAGGGAGACGAGUCGCUGGCUCGCAGGGCGUGGAGGCAGUACCUGCUCCAGCUCCAGCAACAUCCGCUCCGCACAAAGAUGAUCACGGCGGGGUGCCUCGCCGGCGUCAGUGACUCCGUCGCGCAGAAGCUCUCCGGGUACCAGAAGAUUGAGAAGCGCAGACUCCUGCUCAAGAUGCUCUUUGGUUUUGCAUAUGGUGGACCAUUUGGACAUUUCUUAUACAAAUUUUUGGAUUAUAUCUUCCAAGGGAAGAAGGAUACCAAAACCAUAGCAAAGAAGGUGUUGCUGGAGCAAGUGACAUCUUCUCCCUGGAAUAAUAUAUUGUUCUUGUUCUAUUACGGAUAUGUUGUUGAGAGGAGGCCUUUGAAGGAGGUGACGACCAGGUUGAAGAAACAAUACCCUUCUGUGCAAUUGAGCGCUUGGAUGUUUUGGCCGAUAGUUGGUUGGAUAAACCAGCAGUACAUGCCUUUACAAUUCCGAGUGAUCUUCCAAAGCUUUGUCGCAUGCUGUUGGGGGAUAUUUAUGAACCUUCGUGCGAGGGCCAUGUCUCUGAAGCAGGCGUAG